AUGGAUGGCGAGGAAGAGUCGCAGUGGAGCUAUGUCAGCUUGGAUGAAAUUAGAGCAGAUGACAAAAUAAGCAGCUUUAUUGAUGCACGGGUGCCAAGCAGCCCAUCUGUCGGACAGGACAUGAAGGGGAUGAUAGGAGACUUCGACUACAUCGAAAACAGAUGGAUAGGAAACUACAGAUUUGUUAAGCAGCUUGGGACAGGAAGCAGCAGCAAGGUUGUGCUAGGAUGCGACAUCCGCAACGGCGAGAAGGUUGCAAUAAAAAUUGUGCCAAGAAGGAUUGCUGAUGGAAACGAGAGCGAGGCAGAAAUAAGAUGUGACCAGAGGAUAUUCCGCGAGGUGGUCAUUUCGUCUGUCCUAAGCCAUCCGCAUAUUGUCAAGCUGAAGAACUUUCUGUACAGUCCAACACACUAUUUUUUGAUAUUUGAGUAUGUGAAUGGCCGUCAGCUGUACGACAUUGUACUCAAUGAAGGCCCGUUGAGCGAGCAGGACGCACAGAAGUACUUCCGGCAGCUGCUUUCUGCCAUUGAAUACAUCCACAGAAACUCGAUUGUGCACAGAGACCUGAAGAUAGAGAACGUGCUGAUUGACGAGGACGACAAUGUCAAGCUGAUUGACUUUGGGCUUUCGAACUUCUACGACAACAAGAUGCUGUUGAAUACAUUCUGUGGAAGCCUGUACUUUGCAGCACCGGAGCUUCUGUUUGGGCAGAGAUACUGCGGACCUGAGAUUGAUGUGUGGAGCUUGGGCGUGGUCUUGUAUGUUCUUUUGUGUGGGUGUGUGCCAUUUGACGACGAGAAUGUGCAAGGGCUGCAGGAGAAGAUCAAGCAGGCGGAUUUUUCGUUCUGCAAGACGAUAUCGAGGGAUGCCGCUGAGCUAAUCCGGGGCAUGAUUCUUGCUCAGCCGUCGUCUAGGCUGGGCCUUGAGCAGAUAAUUGCAAGCAAGUGGGUGAACGGUGGAAAGAAGGGCAAGAUAAACAGCUAUGUGCCAAUAAGAUGCCCGGUGAUGAAGAUCAACGAGCUGUGCAUCAGGAGGGUAUCGAGGGCAGUGCGCUUCCAGUUUCCAAACAUGGAGAGAGAAGUGCGAAGAUUUCACAGGAUAUGCCAGGAGGAUGUAAGAACACUGGAGCAGGCAUAUUGGUCGCGAAGGCCGGUGAUUUCACUGUACUAUCUUGCCUGCGAAAGCCUUCGAGGUACAGAAGAGAAUCUGGACGACGAUGAAGGCGAAUGGAAAAGCGACGGCCAACUUGAAGACAUACACGAGUUCGUGAGAUUUACGCUUUAUAGUGAGGGCGAAGUGUAUUGUGAGCGUGGAAAGACUGCACAUUUUCUGGCACCAAACCAAGAGUCUUUGUGCAGCAGCCAUGGCAGUAAGUGCAAGGAAGCAGGAUAUCCAAGGAUCAGGCAGACAUAUCUCAAGGGGUUUUUCAAGGGAAUAAGAGUCAAGCAUAUAGGCAGCCAGAAUGCUGUCAAGAAGAUCCUGCUUGAUAUAUUCAACAUAAAUGGAAUUGCAUAUGAGGCUACUGAGAAAAGCUAUCUCUGCUCUGUAAGGCAAGACGGCCUGGAAUGCUAUUUCAAGGUUUCGAUGUAUUUUAAUGUUUUGCUUAACGAGUACUAUUUGACCAUAACGCCGUUGAGUAGCGACAGGAAGUUCUUUAGGAGUGUGUAUGAAUGGAUAUACACUGGAAUGAAGAACAGGGCUUGA